AUGGGUGUCGGACCCUUGGUCAGUAGGGAAUCUCUGUCGCCUCUCCUCCCCUCAAGUCGUGUACGGCUGCGACAGCAAACGAACACGACGGACACAAGUCCCCUAUCCCCCCCAUCACAAUACCAGCCGCGGCACCCUCACCUGCGUUCGUACCGGCGUUCGUACACCCACGUGUGCUGUCCACUACCAGCUUCGCUUUGAUUGGACUUGGCGAGCUGACGCUAUCACGCGCUGACGGACAUCGAACAUGGGUGUCAUCGAGUUCAUCCAAGACCCACAGGUGACACUGGCCCUCGUGUCAGUGGCCGUUACCUUCCUGGUCAUCAUCGUCAGCUCCGCCAAGCAGAAGAAGAUUGCUCUGCAGCCGGAGGUGUAUGCUCCUUUCCGGCUCCAGGAGAAGGUGGAGCUCUCGCACGACACGAGGAUGUUCCGGUUCGCGCUGCAGAGCCCGAAGCACGUGCUUGGGCUCCCCAUCGGGCAGCACGUGUCGAUGAAGUUCGUCGACGCUGACGGGAAGAUUGUCACCAGGUCGUACACGCCGACAAGCUCCGACAUCAACCUUGGCCACGUAGACUUUGUGAUCAAGGUCUACCGGCCGAACGAGCACCCCAACUUCCCGGACGGGGGCAAGAUGUCGAUGCACUUGGAAAGGCUCAAGAUCGGGGACACUGUGGACAUGCGAGGACCGAAGGGAAACCUGACAUAUUUGGGGGCCGGAAACUUCAGUAUAAGGCGCCGGGACGACCGCCAGGUACGGAAGCUCGGCAUGAUGGCCGGGGGCACGGGCAUCACCCCGAUGCUUCAAGUCAUCUCUGCGAUCAUGAGGGAAGGCAGCACCGGCUUGGUGGAGAUGAGCCUUAUAUUCGCGAACAAGUCGGAGGACGACAUCUUGCUGCGGGACAUGAUCGAGAAGCUGGCGGCUAGUAACCCCAACUUCAAGUUCCACUACACGCUCGACACCGCUCCGGAGGGGUGGACGCACAGCCAGGGUUUCAUUAAUAAGGAGAUGGUGGAGAAGCACAUGCCCCCACCUGGGGCGGACACCCUCAUUCUUAUGUGCGGUCCCCCGCCGAUGCUCAAGUUCGCCUGCGUACCCGCGCUGGAAGCGUUAGGGUUUUCGGAAGACAUGCACUUCUCCUUUUAGUUGCUGCCUAGUAUUGGUGGUUGCACAAAAAGUUGUGAAGUAUAUGUAUGUUGUUUGUUAGAAUUGUUUUUUCGAAGGUUCUCAGAAAGCGUAGCUUUUGAUUUUCUCGUCGAGUGUCGACUUCGUGCAUUCAAUGAGAGGGGGGGGUUGGCAAGUCGUAGUUUAUUUGUGUGUUCCAUGUUUUUGGUUUAGACAAAUGUACGUGCACAAAAACCGGCAGAAGCCGAAAUGCUAGCUGGAACGCUAUUCGGGACGGCCAUUUGCGCAUACACCGCUGCUUGAAUAAUAGGUACUGCUGCAGUGCCGAAUGGCAUUGGUUGAUCGUGGCGGAAGUGCCCUGAUUGGUUGGUUGGGCUUUCGUGAGGGUUCUAGUGCAGUAGGUCACCCCCAGUUGGUCGUUGACAUAGACUUGCAACAACUCCUUGGGAAUUUCAACGAUGUUCGUGUGCACCCACCACCUACUCUUUCGUGGGAGAAUGCCGCAAACCGCCACGUCUGCUGUCUUUACAUGUGCUAAGGGUCACGGCUCUCUCGUGGAUUAGUGCUCAAUUACAGCCCAUUUUUCGCUUUUCUUCACCAAUAGAAGUUGGGGAGAACGCUUGCGGUGCGGCCACUGCCACUGGUCUAUGACGACUCCACACAGACCACGUUUGUUUCAGUCGUGUGUCAGUGUUUGGUGCAUGGCAAAGAGCAAUUCCUCAGCACCAACAUGGGGCUUCAUUCCGGUAGCAUGUCAAAUAACGCUGAGAGCGAUGAAUUUGUGUGGGUACAACCUUGGACUCUACGGAGGACAGGGGC